AUAUUUUGCCAACAAAUAAGGUACAUCAUUGAUGUCAACCAACAAACAAUGGACUUAAACAAUUUUGUAACUGAACAGGAUUUAGAACUAUUGGGCUUAAGGCUAAUGUUGCUUGUUGUGAACUGUGAAAAACAUGCAAAACAACGAAAAAUUUGGAAAAAACUUCCCACGUCGAUUGCUGAUGACAUCUUUAAUUUGGAUCUUAAAAUAGUUAAGUCUCAUGAAAGCUAUAGUCUUCUAUCAAAAUCGUUCUUUAUGAGUUAUUCAACCAUCAUAAUAAUGAUCAAUUGCUAUCAUUUUCCAUGUCGUAAAGGGAAUCUGAGUAAAAUAAUUGAGGCAAUCGAAACCAAUAAAUAGUUACGCUAUAAAUUAAAAGUGAUUUGUGCUUUCUACGAAAUGAGAGAAGAAUUUAUAAAUGGUCGUAAUUUGGCAUUUGGGUUUUUCGUUAAUACCAUGUUUGCAGACUAUAACAAUAUUUUACUAAGUAAUGUGGAAAACACAUUUCUAUUUCAGGACUGUCGUAAGGGAUCUGGUGAUUUAAUGUUAAAAAAUUUAUUGGAAAUCAUUAAAUAUCGACCAUUUAUAUCGGCCCAAGAAUUAGAAAUGAUUUUAAAGAAAUUCUGUGCAAUCAUGGCCAUAUCGAAAGGUAAUGCCGAAAUGUAUUUUUAUAGUGUUAAUCCAGCCUUGGCCAUUAUUAUUAACAACUAUUAUUUUACUAAUCAAAACUCAAAAUACGGCAUACGUGAGGGCAGUGAAAAAGAUGUUCUUCAUUUAAUACACCAAUUUCAAAUCUCGGGAACACCUCAUAUUGUUAUGCAAGAUUUCAAGCGUUCGGAAAUUUUAAAGUUGAUAGAAUGUUUGCGUCUUAAAGAUCUAAAACCUCUCAAGUGUUUAUAUUUCAUUAUCAUGACGCAUGCUACGAAAAAUAACAUUAUCUAUACAAAUGAUGGAGAAUUGAAUUUUAUCGGGGACAUAUUAGAGCCCUUGCAAUCAAAUAGUACUUUACAAAAUGCUCACAUAACAUUCGUUAACGUUCAUUGUCGUGGCAAUUUGAAUGGUUUAUAUAUAGAUCCUGAUGACUCCAGCUCUAUUGCACCCACCAAAAUUCCACAGUUGCAACCUAAUACUUCAGUACUUUACAGUGUUCCUGACUUAAUGGUAUCGCCAAGACAUCGCAAUAGUGGCACUCCGUUUGUAAGUAGUUUUUCUAAAGCAUAUGGUAAAUUGGAGUGUUCAUCCUUAUUACGCUACUUUGGAUUGCUUCGGAAAAUCUGCCGAAUUAGUUGUAGCUGAUAACACCACAACAAAU